CCGGGGCGGGGCCGGGGUGGCCUGGCCGGGAGCUGGGGGAGCUGGUCAGUUUCACCCUCCUCUGCUGCCGCUUUGGAAAAAGCGAAGGGCUUUCGUGUCUGUCGUCACUGAUGAAACUGAUCCGCGGUUGUUUACGAUGUCUCACUUCACAAGCGAAGAUGAAGCUCUGUUACAGUCUAUGCUUAGACAAUUGCUGCAGAGUGUGAGGGAAAAAAUCACUGGAGCCCCAUCAGUAGAAUGUGCAGAAGAAAUUCUGUUGCAUUUGGAGGAAACAGAUGAAAAUUUUCACAACUAUGAGUUUGUGAAAUACCUUAGACAAUAUAUAAAUAAUUCCGUGGGAUCUGUGAUUGAAGAAGAAACAGAAAAAUGUACUUCUGCCCAAAAUCAGGGCGAAGUAUCUGGCUAUGACACACUUGUCCAACAUGUUACUAAGCAGACCCAUGAAUCUAAAGAAUACAGGGAAAUGAUGCAUGCCUUGAAGAAUGUCAUGAUGGUUGUUGUAGAAUCUUUGAUUAACAAGUUUGAAGAAGAUCGUAUGUGUAAUAAGGAGCUGGAUAGUAAAACAAAGAAAGAAUGUCAGAGUGGCUAUUACACGGACAACUGUUCUGACAGUGACUCCUCCUUGAACCAAAGUUACACCUUCAUGAGUCAAGAACAGUUGCAGCUGCUGGUAGAAAGGCUUGACCCUGUUCAGCCUAAGGAAGUUCGCCAAGAAGCAUUGCAGGCGCUGUGCUUUGCCCCUCCCUCUGAUAUACUGAACUCUGAGUGUUGGCCAAGUCUGCGUAAGCAUCUAACAUUGUCUCUGUCAGAUCCUGAUGCAACAUUCAGUGAGAAAAUUCUUAGGUUCUAUGCAAAAAGCUUUUCUUCUUCUCCAUUUAAUAUGACAAGAGAAGUCUAUACAAGUUUAGCAAGACACUUGGAGUUGUACUUUCUUUCUGGAGAAUAUUCUCUUCGUAUUUCUGCUGGUCUGGAUGUUUCUAACAAAGAUGUAAAUAAUUUACUUAAAAAGAUUCGACUUUUAAAUGAGUACCAAAAGGAAGCUCCCUCUUCCUGGAUUCGUUAUCCAGAAAAGUACAUGGAAGAAGUAGUGGAGAGUACUUUGUCACUUUUGUCAAUAAAACAGGAGCCUAAUCAUCCAGAUUUUUUGAGUCCAGUCUACUUCUUGGCUCUGCUAGAUAUCAAAGCAGUAUGGUUUAAAAAGUGGACGCAUGCACAUUACAGCAGAACGGUGGUAUUUAGGCUUUUGAAAAAGAAAUAUAAAUCUUUGAUUAAUGCAGCGGUCCAGCAGUGCCUUGAUUAUUUUGAAUUUUGCAAGACAACAGUUAACACAAAUUCCAGAGUCAAUGACUACUCCCAGCAGCAUUGUAGUGAUAAGCAGAGCUUUUCUUACACUGGACCAGAAUUGCAGUACGCCUAUUUUGUUCAUUCACUGUGCCUUUUAGGAAGAUUGCUGAUCUAUAAGCAAGGCCAAAAUCUCUUUCCAGUACAGCUGAAAACCAAGAAAGAUAGUGUAUCCAUAACUGAUCUGUUGGUAUUAUUUAUUCAGCUUACUUAUUACUCUCCCAGUUACCCAAAGACAGCUUUGGCAGUGCAUACAGACAAUUAUUCUCCAGCAAGCCUUGUUAUGGAGAUUCUUCAAGUAUUUUGUGAUCAAACAGGAUGUGCUGCUGAAUGCUUAUAUAAGGAUGCAGUGAUAGAUGCACUACUUGAUCCUGUUCAAAGUUUACUGAAUGGCACAGAGGUGCAUGUAAAUUGUCUUGAAACAACUUUAAGUGAUGUAGCUGAUAUUUUGGCAAGAAUUGCUGCUGUAGAAGAUGGUCUUUCUCUUCUUCUUUAUGGAGAAAAUGAAAAAUCUGCCAAAGAAGGCAGGCCUACAGCUGUUCAUAUAAUUGCUCAGUUUACAAAGAAGCUUCUUCAAGAUGACAUUUCUCUUUUGUCUGGAUCUGAGAGUUUGCCAGUUCUUAAAGGAGCUUUCAUUUUUGUAUGUCGUCAGAUGUACAGAACUUGUGAAGGCUUGCAGGUGCUUAUUCCUUAUGGCUUGCAUGAAUCUCUUGGAGAGGCCUGGAAAAAGACAAGUUUACUUUCAGAAAGAGUACCCACUCCUGUAGCUGGUGCGGACUCAACUUCAUCAAUAAGUCUAGAGUCAAAAAGCAUUUUGUUACGGGAAGACACUUUGUUAGAUGCCUUGCUAAAUUUUUCUGCCACACCCAAAGGACUAUUUCUGCUUCAUAGUACAGGUACCGUGAAUGACUGUGUGAACUUUAUGUUCAGAAGUUUAUCAAAAAAACUACAGACAAAUGAGUAUGAAGAGUUUGGUAAUAGAGUGAUAGUUACACAAAUAGCAGCAACACCAACAGGUGCAGUAGCUCUACAGAGUUCAGGCUUUAUAAAGGCACUUGUGACCGAAUUAUGGGCUCUUUUGGAGUGUGGAAAUGAUGAUUUGAGGAUGACCCAGCCCAAAUCUACUCCAGUUGACCCUAUUGACCGAAGCUGUCAGAAGUCUUUUCUGUUCCUGAUAAACGUACUCAGUUACCCUGCAGUUUUUGAGCUUCUGAAUAAACGAGAUAUACCAAAUAAGACAAUGUAUUCACUCCGCGAAGUGCCAACAGAUAUUAUUGAUAUCAUUGACAGGCUUAUAAUUUUGAAUUCAGAAGCUAAAAUUCAUUCCCUAUUCAGUUAUGAACAAUCACAUAUCUUUGGUCUGAGGUUGUUAAAUGUGCUGUGCUGUGAGCUCAAUACCCUUUUACUCUUGGAGACACAGUAUAAGGUGUCACAAGUUUUACUAACUGCUCAGGAGGAAAAUGUCACAGAAACUUCAGAAGGACCAGGAAAUUUUAUAAUUGAUGGUCUAUCAGUGGAGAGAAACCAUGUUCUUGUAAGGAUAAAUCUGAUUGGAGGACCACAGGAAAGGAUUUUGCCUUUAAGAGUAUUAGAUAAGGGCAGUGAUCCAUAUCCUUGGCCAAUGUUUUCAUCAUUCCCUUUGCCAAAGUGCUAUCUUGCAGAAAUUCCUAGGAAAGCUGAGUUCAGACAUGAUAAAGAUCUUGACAAGCUCUUAUCACUCUUAAAAAGUCCAGAGAAGCAAACUGGGUGGACAGAAAUUUGUAGAAAACAGUUCUGUAAAGUCAUGAAAGCCAGACCGGAUAUCAUCAGUGGAACAAUUUUGGCAGAAUUAAUUGAAAACUUCGUGUCACAUCUUUCUGAAAGCCGAUUGGAUUGCUUUUUCAGUACAGGAAACUAUAAAGCCAUGGAUGCAGAUGUGAAGAAUGAAAGCCUUUCAUCUGUGCAGCAGCUUGGUGUUGAAAUGACAGUCAGAUAUGGAAAAUAUCUAAACCUGCUGAAAGGACAUGCUGAAACUGGGCUGUGCUUCGUGUUAAAGAAUUGUGAGAAAUUUCUGAAACAACAGCAAAGAACUGUAGUAUCCUCUCUUUGCUGCUUGCAGGAAUGCUAUGCUGGCUAUGAUUGGUUUGCGUCUUCCGUCUUCCUCAUAAUGUCAGGGGAUGCGGAGAAGACACUGACAUUUCUUCAGCGAUUUUCACGUCUUCUUGCUUCAGCAUUUCUCUGGCUGCCAAGACUGCAUAGAUCUAUGCAUCUGCCUAUUACCACAGUGGAAUUGGGCAUCCAUCCAGUCUACUUUUGCAGUGCUCACCACAUUGAAACAUUGCUGAAAGCUGAGUUGCCUCUUGUCUUUUCGGCCUUCCAAAUUUCUGGUUUUGCUCCAUCCCAGAUUUGUCUACAAUGGAUAUCUCAGUGUUUCUGGAAUUAUAUGGACUGGAGUGAGAUCUGUCACUACAUUGCUCUAUGUAUAUUUCUUGGUCCUGAUUAUCAAAUAUAUAUGUGUAUUUCUGUGUUCAAACAACUACAGCAAGACAUCCUGAAGCACACCGAAGCCCAAGAUCUCCAGGUUUUUCUUAAAGAAGAAGCACUCCAUGGAUUUCGAGUGAGUGAUUAUUUAGAAUACAUGGAAAGCUUGGAGGUGAUCUACAGACCUGUGCUGCUGAAAGACAUGAGGAGCAUAAGAGUGCAGAAUACAUAGAUGAACAACCACCCACCUUAUUUUCUAGUUUUAGUUACAUCCUUUAAAAGGAUGCUGAUUGAUUGAUAUAUCAAUCUCACCUAAAAUAAGUCAGACUGUGUUUAUGUACAUACUGUAAUAUAAAUAAGGAGGAGUUUCAGAAUAUUCAGAUUUUUGCAAAAGGACUUAAUCUAACUUUGAUGACCUGAAAUACCACAUUUUACCAGACAGGCUGUAUGCUCAGCCUCAUUUUCAGUUAGCAGAAGGGAGCUUCAGAACUCGCCUGUAGAUGCUGUUUCUUCCUUAGAACACAUCUUUGUUCUAUAGCCUUGAACUUGUUCCCAACUCAUUGCAUUAUUGUCGCCUCCUUGUAGUCCUAAAACCUACAUAUUUUGGUAGGAUCUGACAAAGUGAUCUUUCCUAGAAACACCUGCUAGCUUGUGUUCAUAUGCAUGAAAAGUUAUCAAAUGGAAAACAAAUUCUCUGUACACACCUGUUCUGACUUGGUGGAUAAUGUUGCAAAAAUGGUGUUCAAAUACGUGCAGUAAAAUAAGACUGAUAUUCCUGUCUUUUCAAAAAAUAAAUCAUUUUAUGUCAUAAAACAUGUAUUUGUAGCACACUCUGUCUGCACAAGUGAAUGAGUAGUCCUUGAGCAUCUUGCUUUUCAUAUCUCUGGAAAAUAACAGUUUUUAAAGAAUCUGAUUUCAUUCAGACAGGAAAACUAAUAAUAAGUUUCACCUGUGCUUGCUUUUCAUCAUCAAUAAAAAAGCAAGAAUUAAGGCUGCUGUGUAUUUUUCUAACACUAAUGCAGCCUAGGUAAAAAUUCAACAUUGUUGAAGUUGACUGACAUUCUCAGUUUCAAAAGAAACCUGAUAUCAUGGUUUAAUCUCUGCUGGCAACUAAGCACCACCCAGCUGCUUUCUCUCUCUCUGCCCAGUGAGAUGCGGGGGAAGAGAACUGAAAGGGUGAGAGCGAUAAAAAUCAUAGGUUGAGAUAAGAACCAUUUAAUAAUUAAAAUAGUAAGAACAACAGUAAGAAGAAAUUGAAAAGGAGGAUAACAAAGAGAGAAAUAAAACCCAAGAAAGACAAGUGGUGGUGAAUAAUUGUUUUCAUUUGCAUCAACUGACUAAUGCCUGUCAGUCCCCAAGCAGUAAUCCCUGCCACUCAGCCUUCCCCCUGGUUUUACUGCUGCGCACGAAGUCAGAUGGUGUAGAAUAUCACUUUGGUCAGUUGGGGUCAGUUGUCCUUUUUGUGUCUUCAAACUCCUUGUGUUCCCUCCAGCCUCCUCGCUUCUGGGGCAGUGUGAGGGGAAGAAAGGUCCUUGACACUGUGUAACAGCACUGUUCAACAAUAGCUAAAACAUCCCUGUGUUAUCAACACUGUUUUCAGCACAAAUCCAAAUCAUAGCCUCAUACCAGCUACUAUGAAGAAAAUUAACUCUCUCCCAGCCAAAACCAGCAUACGUCAUUUUCUAUAUUGUAUCAUUGUUAAAUAUUAUUUAAUAAAUACGUAUUUAUGUACCAAUUAACAGUUGGUUUUUUUAAUCCAAAUUUCAAUGCACUGGGCAUGAUGUUGAGUCAAUAAGUAAUACUCAAUUAGAUGGCAACAUAUUCUUGAAAUG